GCCGCAGCCAUGAGCCACUGCAGCGGCCUCCGCGCCACCUCGUACCGCCGCACCUUCGGGCCGCCCCCCCUGCUGUCGCCCGGGUCCUACUCGUCGUCCCGCUACGCCGCCUCGGCCUCGGCCACGCGGCUGCUGAGCGCGCCCUCGGCCGGCGCCUCGCUGCGCUCCUACCGCAGCGGGGGCGGCGGGGGCGCCUUGGCCCUGCGCCACGGCCCCCCGGCGCCGCCCCGCAUGGCCUACGGCGCCGAGCGGCUGGACUUCUCGGGGGCCGAGGCCCUCAACCAGGAGUUCCUGGCCACGCGCAGCAACGAGAAGCAGGAGCUGCAGGAGCUCAACGACCGCUUCGCCAGCUUCAUCGAGAAGGUGCGCUACCUGGAGACGCAGAACGCCGCGCUGCAGGCCGAGCUGGGCCAGGCCCGCGCCGCCGAGCCCGCGCGCGCCGCAGACCUCUGCCACGACCAGCUGCGCGAGCUGCGCAGGCAGGUGGACGCGCUGGCCAAGGACCGCGACCGCCUGCACGUCGAGCGCGACAACCUGGCCGAGGACCUGGCCGCGCUCAAGCAGAGGCUGGAUGAAGAGAUGCACAAGCGUGAAGAAGCAGAAAACAACCUGGUUCUCUUCCGCAAGGAUGUGGACGAUGCCACCCUUUCCCGCCUGGAGCUGGAGCGCAAGAUUGAGUCCCUCAUGGAUGAGAUUGAAUUCCUCAAGAAACUGCAUGACGAGGAGCUGAACGACAUGCAAGUGAGCAUGCAUAGCCAGCAGCAGAUGCAAGUGGAGGUGGAGCAGCAGGCCAAACCGGACCUGACAGCUGCUCUGCGAGAUAUCCGCACCCAGUACGAGAGCAUCGCUGUCAAGAAUCUGCAGGAGUCUGAAGAGUGGUACAAAUCCAAGUUUGCCGAUCUGUCGGAUGCAGCCAAUCGGAACCACGAGGCCCUUCGCCAGGCCAAGCAGGAGAUGAACGAAUCUCGGCGCCAGAUCCAGAGUCUCACUUGUGAGGUGGAUGGACUCAAGGGGACAAAUGAAGCCCUGAUGAGGCAGAUGCGGGAUCUGGAGGACCAGUACGGGGCUGAGGUGAACUCCUACCAAGACUCAGUGGUACGGCUGGAACAGGAGAUCCAGCACAUGAAGGAGGAAAUGGCUCGGCACCUGCGGGAGUACCAGGACCUACUGAAUGUCAAGAUGGCCCUCGACAUUGAGAUUGCCACCUACCGCAAGCUGCUAGAGGGAGAGGAAAGCAGGAUUUCAGUGCCUGUCCAAUCCAUGUCAACACUCAGCAUCAAAACCACAGUUUCAGAGCCUGAGCCAACUGUAGAAACUCAUACCAGGAAGACGGUUCUGAUCAAAACCAUUGAAACACGAGAUGGAGAGGUGGUGACUGAGUCCAGGAAACAGCAGAGAGCGGAGCUAGAAAAGUGAUGCCGACCUCACCAGACACCUACCU